AUGGGGGACAAAGAUAUAGUUGCGAUGACUAUCAAGCCGAAGGAGAGUACUACAACCAUACAAUUCCCUAUGCUCACCGCCACCAACUACACGGUGUGGAGCAUGAGGAUGAAGGUGGCGCUCAAGGUACAUAAAGUAUGGGAGAUGAUAGAACCGGGGAUAGAUGAUGGAGACAAGAACGACAUGGCUCGAGCAUUGUUGUUUCAGUCCAUACCAGAAGUCCUAAUUCUACAAGUUGGGGAUCUUGACACCUCAAAACUUGUGUGGGAAGCAAUAAAAGCAAGGCAUGUGGGAGCUGACAGAGUUCGUGAGGCUAGGUUACAAACACUCAUGGACGAGUUUAGUCGAUUGAAGAUGAAAGACACAGAGACCAUUGAUGAUUUCUCUGGUAAACUUGCAGAGAUGUCUUCAAAAUCUUCAGCUUUAGGAGAAGACAUAGAGGAAUCUAAACUCGUCAAGAAAUUUCUUAAUAGCCUUCCGAGGAAGAAGUAUAUACAUAUCAUAGCUGCUCUUGAACAGGUUCUAAACCUCAAUACCACCAGCUUUGAAGAUAUUGUGGGCAGGCUAAAAGCCUAUGAGGAGAGGAUCGUAGAUGAUGAUCAGCCUGAUGAUCAAGGAAAACUCAUGUAUGCCAAUGCUGACUCCCAAUCACAAACAGAAACCUACGGAAGAGGAAGGGGACGUGGUGGACGUUAUGGUAACAGAGGAAGAGGGCGUGGACGAUACAACAAUCAGCAAGACUGGAAGCAAGGUAGAGAUACUUUGCGCGUGGUAUGCUUCAGAUGCGAUAAGACUGGCCACUAUGCCUAUCUAUGUCCAGACCGGUUACUUAAGCUCCAAGAAACACAAGAGAAUGAUGCUGAGAGCACACACGAGGCUGAGGAGUUGAUGAUGAAUGAAGUCGUGUAUUUGAAUGAGGAGAGUGUGAUGCCAAGCAAGUUCAAAACGUAA